AUAUCUCUUUGACUGUUCUCUCCCAGGUCGGAGGUGUCUAAAUUACAGCUCUCAGGGUGCACAAGGGCAAAUAAGCAGGUGGGCGGAGCCUGCGGACCAGUCCAGAGGUGUUGCCUAGACAACCAACAGGACCGCCGGUCCCCCACCGGCCGCUCUGAGACAACUCCAGAUAACAGUCAGGAGCAGUUGUUCCGGUCAGUAGAAGGCCAAGCAGCAUCAGACGACGACGAGGAAAAGUGGACAGGUGAACAACAGAGACAGGUGGACGAAAUGAAGAGGAUCCGCACCAGACUGUCCUGCUGCGGAGACAGGUGUGAUGACAAGGCUAUGAAGAAACUGCUGUCCCACUUCAGUGGUUCCAGGAGGAGUGAGGAGAGCACAAGAGGAGGAGGAGAGGAGGAGGAGGAGAGGAGUGAGGAGAGGAGGAGUGUGGUGGUAGAGCUCUUAGAGAAGGUGACGAGGCUGAAUAACAAGUUGGAGCAGAAGGAGACCCAGGCACAACAGUUACAGAUGGACAUGGGCCAGAUGAAAGACAGUCUGGUCCAGGUGUUACAACAGAAAGCUGAGGAGGCAGAGCUGCUACAGACAGAACUACAGCUGCUACAGACAGAACUACAGAUGCUGGAGACAGAAAGAGUGUGUCUGUCCCUAGUGGAGGAGAAGUUGCGUGAUGUUCUACAGCUCCUCCACCAGCUCAGAGACCUCAACGUGUCCCGACGCUCCCUGGGGAAGAUCUUACUGAGCACCUUGGAGUCCUGCAGCGACCCACAACAUGGGAAAGACCACAUUCUGGAGGUUCUGAAUGCUCUGUACCACGAGCUGGCUGCCUUUGAGGUCUUGACCACCAGCGGAUCUCUGGAGAGAACACAAUCCCUCAGCAACCCUCUGGAGAGAACACAGUCCCUCUGCAAUCCUCUGGCGAGAACUCAGUCCCUCGGCAACCCUCUGGCGAAGACUCAGUCCCUCGGCAACCCUCUGUAGAGAACACAGUCCCUCGGCAAUCCUCUGGAGAGAACCCAGUCCCUCGGCAACCCUCUGGGGAGAACACAGUCCCUCGGCAACCCUCUGGAGAGAACACAGUCCCUCAGCAACCCUCUGGAGAAAACGCAUUACCUCAGCAACCCUCUGGAGAGAACACAGUCCCUCAGCAUCCUUCUUUAGAGAACACAGUCCCUCAACAACCCUAGUAAUUACUGAACAACCCUAGUAGUUACUGAAGUUCCCCUGGGCGGUGAGGUGAAGAGGCUUGGACCCUGGCAUGGGAAACAUUUAAAUUGCAUACUCCUUGCGUCCUCUCUCCUCAUCUCCUUCUCAAAACCCAUUGAUUGACAAACCCAGAUGUCCCUCCCCUCUGACCUUUUCCUCAAGUAGGUUUUGAGAAGGAGACGAGAGAGUAUGCAAUUGAGAUGUUCCCCAUGCCAGGGUCCAAGCCUUCUCACGUCAGCGCCCAGGGGAACUUCAGUAACUACAAUUGGUUCCUGGUCAGACCAUAAUGUACAGCAUUAUUUACACUACAUGGCCAAAAGUAUGUGGACACCUGCUCAUCAAACAUCUCAUUCCAAAAUCAUGGACAUCCGUAUGGAGUUGGUACUCCCUUUACUGCCAUAACAGCAUCCACUUUUCUGGGAAGGCUUUCCACUAGAUGUUGGAACAUUGCUGCAAGGACUCACUUCCAUUCAGCCACAAGAGCAUUAGUGAGAUCGGGCACUGAUGUUAGGCCUGGUUUGCAGUCUUUGUCCCAAUUCAUCCCAAAGGUGUUCGAUGGGGUUGAGAUCAGGGUUCUGUGCAGGUCAGUCAAGUUCUUCCGUUAUCGACAAAU